AUGGGGCUUAUAGAUGGAAUCUAUGCUGUCCUUAAUAAAAGAAAGGAAGAUGAUGAGUUCCACACAGAGUUGACACGUACCGACAUCAUCAAGUGUAUACAAUCAGAGAAAGUAAGGUUUCGAGGGGUUAAUCUUUCUGGCCUUGACCUCUCUAAACUGGAUUUAUCGUAUGUGGAUUUCAGCUAUGCUUGUCUUAAAAAUGUGUUCUUUUCACGAGCAAACCUUCUAUGCGCAAAGUUUCGAGAUGUUGACGCUGAGGCCUCCAUCUUUCACAAUGCAACUUUGCGUGAAUGUGAAUUUACUGGGGCAAACCUUCGUGGUGCUUUAUUGGCUGGUGCAUGCCUUCAGAGUGCAAAUCUACAAGAUGCUUGUUUAGUAGAUUCUAGCUUCUGCGGUGCAGAUCUGCGUAAUGCACAUCUACAGAACGCAGAUCUUACCAAUGCCAAUCUAGAGGGAGCCGUUCUGGAAGGAGCUAACUUGAAGGUAAGAUACUAUGGACCUAUAUGA